AUGAUAUGUAUAAAUGUAUUUGCUAUUGUAUACAGCUUCUACAAGUACGACGAGGCUCCACACAUCGUGUGGUUUCUGUUGUUGGAGGUUUUCAUAACAGUUGCGCUAUUGGUGGAGGUCAUGAUUCGGGCCUUCGCUGAAGGAUUUUGGAAUUUCUGCUCAAAUCGUUCCAACGUAUUCGAUGCGGUUCUUGCUGUGAUGUGUGUCGGAGCGCUCUUUGCGUUUGUUUAUAGGCCGGCAAUCUCAGAGACCUUGGAAGAAGAUUUGGCCCUUCUCAUGUAUCCGUGUGUUUCCAUUGCUCUUGUGCUGACUCUCUGCCGCCCAGCCGUGUGA